AUGGAAGAAGAGCAAAAUACUGCUUCUCCGUCUCAUACAAGUACAGAGAAGCAGCAACCUGUAAAAUUGGAAACCCAAUACGGGUUAUUUGUUCAGUUUGCAACACAGAGCAAGAGGUUGCUCAUGUUUGCAAUAGCUGUGGUGUCAAGAUGGGUGAAUAUUUUUGUGAUAUUUGUAAAUUCUAUGAUGAUGAUACGAGCAAACAGCAGUUCCAUUGUGAUGGAUGUGGGAUCUGUAGACUUGGUGGCCGUGAAAACUUUUUUCACUGUGAGAAAUGUGAUACCUUCUUUUCAAUUUUCUUGCAAUGCAAAGCUGUAUGCAUCCCAUAUUGAGUUGGGAUGCGGCCCUGUGGCAUGGAUGCAUACAGUUCCCCUUGAACCAGAAUUUGGUAAAGCUGGGGUACCAAUUGGGCAUUGCUUUCUCUUCUCUAAUGAUUUUAAGCGCACAGGAUCUUGCUAUCAAGUUGUUCUGCGUGAUAAUCACUCAUGUGUUGAGAACGCCAUGAAGAAUUAUUGCCCUGUCUGUUAUGAGUAUCUUUUUUACUCAGUUAAAAAAGUAAUUGUUAUGAAGUGUGGACACACCAUGCACAUGGAAUGCUUUGAUGAAAUGGCAAAACAACAGCAGUAUCGUUGUCCGAUCUGCUCCAAGACGGUGAUGAAAGCCUCAGCUUAUUGGCAAAUGCUAGAUGAGGAGGUUUGA